AUGACCGUCUCUCAGACAUUUUUGUGGACGGAUUCAGAAGUCACGCUUGCAUGGAUCAAAACGCACCCGUCCAAAUGGAAGGAUUACGUUCGCAACAGGCUAAUCCAGAUUCAGGAGAUUACGCAGAACUUUCACUGGAGGCAUGUACCAGCGACAGAACAGCUUCAACAGCACUCGCUUUGGUGGACGGGACCACCCUGGAUCACGCAAACGCAGGACGCAUGGCCCACUCAGACCAGUGUCGACGCAGACGAGCUAGGAGCUCCAGAAGCUCGUGCUGUGGUUUCACUGCACACGUCUAACGCAAACGUAAAGGAAUAUUCAUGGGAUUUGAUCUAUAAAUAUUCUUCUUUUCACAGAUUACUCAGAAUUACAUCUCUCUGCCUCAAAUUCGUGGACAAGCUGCUAAAAUUACAGGACGCUUCGCCCACACACGCUAUCUCAGCAGCUGAUAUGGAAAGGGCCAGAAUCUACUGGAUUCAGGCCACGCAGUCCACAUUCGUUCAAAACGAACUCGCUGCACUCGCCAAAGGAACAACGCUUCCAUGGACGCAUCCGUUUACGAGGCUCACCGCUUACCUCGACCAUCAAGGAAUCGCCAGGGUAGGCGGACGCCUCCAACAUUCAGAACUCUCGCACGAUAGACCGCUCACGCUGAAGACUUGGAAAGGCAGAGGAGCCAAGACGCCGAAAGGGUGGAUUUGUGUAUUCGUCUGCUUCGCAACAUCAGCUGUACACUUGGAAGUUGUCACCGUCUACUCAGCCGACGCGUUCAUCGCAGCCUAUCGCAGAUUCGCAGCAAGGAGAGGAAUUGCAGCCUCUCUCUACUCAGAUUGCGGCACCAACUUCCAAGGAGCGGACGCGCAGUUAAAAAAGCAGUUCAAGGACAGCACACGCGAAAAUCAAGACAUCGCAGCUCUACUCGCCAAGGAUGGUACGCACUGGCACUUCAACCCUCCUGCCGCGCCACACAUGGGUGGAAAAUGGGAGGCAGUGGUCAAGUCUCUCAAAUUCCAUCUGAAGAGGACGAUUGGAGAUGCUUUAUUGACGUUCGAGGAAUCAAUAACAUUGCUCGCGCAGAUCGAAGCCAUCCUCAAUUCAAAACCGAUGGAACCACUCAGCGAUGAUCCAGACGACAUAUCAGCCCUCUCACCAGGACAUUUCCUGAUCGGAUCGCAGAUUAACGCAGUGCCAGAGUCCACGCUUCUAGACGUCGCAGUCAACCAAUUAUCAAGAUGGCGAUUUCUUCAGCAGCGCCUCCAACAGUUUUGGAGACUCUGGUCCACGCAGGAAAUGGCCCAUGGCACGGGUUCUCAAACUCCUGCCAGGCAACGACGGAUUGACAAGAGUCGUUGA